AGGGAAGGACUCCCAUCUCUCUCUAGAGGCUCUUCGGGUGCUGGACAGGUUGAAGAUCAUAAACUGCCCAUUCCUGAAAGGUCUUUAUAAGAGUAAACGGAAGACAGCCAAACAGUUCCUGUGUACUCCCUCAAACUACCGUUUGGAUAUUCUGGCUUGGUUAUUUGCACGACUGUAUCCCCCAUUUGAAGAAUCAUUUGAAACUUGGCAGGAAUCUAAUGCUGAAGAGAAAAUAAUAGACCUGACCAUGCUUGGUCACGAACUGAUGCUGUGCGGGCCGGACGAUCACGAUCUCAUUCAGGGCUGUACCCAGGGGAAGCGACAGCUUGGAUUCAUACAUGAAGCAAUCAAUCGUAUAGAAAGUUUGAGCUCUGAACUUAGUGACAAGUCUGCCAGGCCACAGAGGGCAAAGACCAAGGUGGAAGAGCUUUCUGAAAAACUGAAUAAACUCACUGAAAUGCUACAGGCACACAAGGAAGAGGUCCUCUGUCGUCAGGAGAGCACCAGUAGACUGUUUUCACCAAGUCCCCCCGGACUUCCCAAGCAGGGCAAGAAAGCUGUAACUGAAGGGGUCGCUGCUUCUAUGAAUGUGAAACAGGAGAAAGCCUGUAUGAGUGGAGGCGACUGCAUGAUGGCUUUGGGGAAGCAGCCUCUGCUUCUUAAACCACGGACAACCCAAACUAGGCGUCUGGGUGUCCCCUCCCUGGAAAGUGAAUUAGGGACAUUUCCAUAAUGGCCACGACUCAGCAAUAUAUCUGGCCUACUAUUCAGUCAUAAUAGAAAAAAAUAAGAAUAAAUGAUGAUAAAAAUUUAUGUAGCACUUUAAGGUUUGCCGAGCACUUUGCCAGUUAUAUCUUGUUCAGUUCUCUUAACAAUUCUUCAAGGACCAAACUGCUGAUUCUUGGGAAAGUCUUAUAGCAGUUAGAUAAGGAAGGCUCUGGUGGUCCCACCUCAGAAUGAAGAGUCUAUCUUCUAGAUCAAAGGGUACAUGAGCAAGACUCGUACUCUAUCUAAGCUUUCCAUUUUCCAUAGAAACUAGUACUAUAGAAAUGCUCAUUUUUUUUAUAAAUUUGGCUCAGUUUCCUUUAUAUUACAGAAGUGACAACCUUAUCAGAGAAACUUACUGUGAAAAA